AGUAGGCACCACUUGCACUGCUUGUUUGUAAACAAAUGAAUGUUUUGAUUCGCAAUUUAUUGUAAAAAGACGUGAAUUCUGUUAUGAGAACACCUGGACCAGGCUGAACCUAUGAGUGACACCAUCGAAACGGAUGAAAUCAAAUGCUGCGGUUCCGGAUGCAAUAACUGUGUGCUUGAUGAUCGAAAAACUGCCCAAACCACAGAUGCAUCAAAAUCAACCAGAGGAAAUAUCCUAACCGUCGACGGUAGGAAAUACAUGGCAUUCCGCUUGCAACGGAAAUGGCAAUGUACGGACAAUGUUUGGCGAUUCAAAUACGUUUACGUGAACGCAGAGGACAUGCUUUGCAAUUCCUUGGAACUGGUCGUACCACCCGGAUGCCAUUUAAUGAUACGCGCAGCAAUCGAUGACAUGAGAUCCGGAACGGAUCGGCAUGAUCAAACAACGAUCGGAAAUUUCGUCAGUCGUCCGUACACACCAAUAAACGUUGAUGGCAACAACGGUUCGUUUGAAAUUCUAGCCAAAUUCGAACCGAACGGUUUGAUGUCGGAAUAUUUACGGACGAGUUCGGUCGGUGAUGUUGUCGACGUGAAGGGACCGUACGGUGAUUUCAAAUGGACACCAAAUGCUGCCAGACAUUUGAUUUGUGUGAGUCAAGGUGUGGGAAUCGCUCCGCUCUUUGCUGUAGUGUCCAGUAUUCUGAGCAAUGAGGAGGAUGAGACGUGGAUCGAUUUUCUAGCUUGCUUCCGUAGCAUUGAAGACAUAUUGUUACGCGAUGAACUGCACGCCUUUCGGGAGUAUUGGAAUUUUCAGUCGACAAUUUAUUUAGCUGAUGAGUCGGCCUGCAGCUGUGAUACUGACGCUCGGAUCAGCAACUGUGUCUGCAUCACAGCGAAAAGAAAAUACAACGAAAUUUUGUGCACGUUUCGGUUGGACGAAACGGAACUAGCCAAAUUGUUUAUUGGAAAGCGAAUAGAAAAUUGCUUCGUAUUGGUAUGUGGUACGGGUCGGUUUAUAAAUUCGAUAAAAAUGUCGUUGGAAAAGCUACACAUUAAAGACGAAAAUUUAAUCGUUUUCGAUUGAGAAAUGAAAA